UGAACUACAACUAGCAGCACCCCGGAUCUGGAGGCGGAUACGAGUGUGACCUGUAGUAGACGUGCAGAUGAAGAUGCCAGAUGCACAGACGCAUCGGUUGUGUUUUCUGCUUUUUGCAUCGGUUUUCCAUCUCGGGUCAGCGGCAGAGGUGUCGGUAUGGAAGGUGGACAUCAACUCGACGCAGGAUGCUGUGUUUCGAAAGACGCUGUAUGCCAACACCACCAUCUUCAUGAAGUUCCAGGGUGAGAUCGGGUCAUGUGACAGAAACCUGGCCUUCAACAUCAGCUGGUACCUGCGCUCGUCUGUUUGCUACAACGAGGUCUUUAACACACCAGACAACAAAGCGAUGAACAUGUUUGGUAUGGACCACAUGCUGAAAGACGGCUGGAGGGGCUUCUACAGUCAGGGCUACAUGUACUUCGACAACUGCUCGUCCCUCUUCUUACCAAAGGUGUAUUAUGCAGAAUUCAACCCGUAUCAGCCCCUCACGAGCCCAAAGAGUGACCCUUCGAAUCAGAGUCUGAGUUGGCCUGACAAGCCGGAUAUCAGCGCGGUGGCCAAAGCCUGGGAGGACAGUCCCUAUCUGUUCAUUGUGAAGGUGCACCCUUCGUUCCGCGGAGCUGAGGAUGAAGACAUCGUGGCAGAGCAGCUCAGUUUUGCUUUCACAAUGAAAGUCGAGAUGAAGGGACCACAUGACUACUCAUCUCCAGCAGACUGGCCCCUGAUGAUGUUCUUCAUGGUCAUGUGCAUUGUGUAUGUGCUGUUCGGGGCUCUCUGGCUCUUCUGGUGUGCCUGCUAUUGGAGGGAUCUGCUGCGGAUUCAGUUCUGGAUCGGCGCCGUCAUCAUCCUCGGCAUGCUGGAAAAAGCCGUGUUUUACUCAGAGUACCAGAGCAUCCGUUACAAAGGAGACUACGUUCAAGGUGCUGUGAUUUUUGCUGAGCUGCUUUCUGCGCUGAAAAGAUCUCUCGCCCGAAUCCUGGUCCUCAUCGUCAGUCUUGGCUAUGGCAUAGUCAAGCCCAGGUUGGGUACCACAGUUCACCGACUGGCAGCUGUUGGCCUUCUCUACCUGCUCUUCUCCUCUGUGGAAGGUGUGCUAAGAGUGACAGGUGGUUUCUAUGGGACGGUUGCCCUGGUGGCUAAUCUCGGCCUCUCCCUCAUCGACUCCUGUGUCAUGUGGUGGAUUUUCAUCAGUCUGUCUCAAACCACUCGUCUCCUGAAGCUCCGCAGGAAUGUGGUGAAACUGUCUUUGUAUCAGCACUUCACCAACACUCUCAUCUUUUCUGUUGUCGCUUCCAUCAUAUUCAUCAUGUGGACCACCAAAGUCUUCAAGCUGGUAGACUGCCAGACGGGCUGGAGGGACCUGUGGGUGGACGAUGCCUUCUGGCGCCUCCUGUUCUCCACCAUUCUGCUGGUGAUCAUGGUGCUGCUGCGGCCCUCCGCCAACAGCCAGAGGUUCUCCCAUUCUCCUCUGAUUGAUGAAGACGAUGAUGAGGAAGACGCCAAGGAGCCCAUGUUGAAUGAGGCUUUUGAGGGGAUGAAGAUGAGAGGCUCAAAGCCUGAUUCUAAUGGCUCCCAGAAACUGCUGAGUAAAGAGGAUGAAGACCUCAAAUGGGUUGAGGAGAACAUUCCCACAACUGUAGCUGAUGUAGCUCUCCCUGUUAUGCUCGAUGAGGAAGAGGAAAUCCUGAAAACCAAGAUGGAGCGAUCCAAGAUGGAGUAGAAGUGAAUGCGAGCAGAUGACGUGAGAGUGAAAACGAGGCCGUUUCACUGAGGCAGCAGUGAAAACGUUCUGGGUGAUCUGAUUACCAAAAAAUGUGGGGCAAAGCCAACUGGUCUCUCCAGACACUUUACAUUAUUAGUUUUAUUUCACGGGCGUUGUGUAACGCUACAGUAAGCUCGAGGAGGAACGAAGAGCGUGUUUCUGUGACGGCGAGAUCGACGUUCCGACAGAAGGGCGAAACUGAAGUAAUUACCCAGCAGAGCACUUUGAUUAAUAUUUUAUUUGUUUCUUCAGUGUCGCAGACUUGGCCAAAAUCGAGUAGAAGCUGGACAUUUUAUAUGGUGUCCUUAUGGAAAAUAGACUAUUUAUUCAAAUCUCGUGCUGUUGUUUUAGACUUACACAGUAAUUUAGCAGGCAUGUGGAUUCUUGAGCACUGAGGUGCAACAUGAAAACAUUCGAGCUAUCAGGUGAUGGUGCGAAUGCAGGGGAAAACACCCGCACACAGUUUUUGUGCACAUUAAGACUAUAUUUAAGCCAACAGAGCAGCAGAGGCGUCUCUUUGGAGGUGCGCUGUGACACUAAAUGUAACCCAAAUGCUGCAUUCAGCGUGUGUAACAUUGAAAAAUUGAAAUGUGCAAGUAACUGUAUGGUUUGAUUAACCAUUUAGCCAGAUAACUAAACAAUGUUUUAAUGAUUUUAUAAAACCAGUGAUGUUUUCCUGGGCUCAUUUCUUGUAGCUGUACAUGUAUAUUUAAUUGUCAACACAUAACUAACACUUUGUUGUCUGGUCAACAGAGUAAUCCUGAAUAUAGAAAUAAAUAAGCUAAUCUUACUGCAUCAGUUGAAUAUUGAUACUUGAAACAUAUCACGUUUGUCAGGGUAAAACAUACUGCAUCUGUGUUUUGGGGGAUCUUUGUAUUUACUAGAACACACUGUUUUCUAGGCCGGGAGAAUGUAAUGACCAUCUUGGUUGUGAAAUCCUUUCAAAGCCAGGUGUAUGCUGUCGUAAACACAGUGUCAUCAGACGUGUACGCACAAGUGUCACACCUGAGCACUUCUCAGAGAUGUCAAUACUGACAAAUGAAAGACUGCUCAGCCACUGGAGUUAAUGUAUGACCCUUAGAAAUGCGUUGUCCGUUAUUUCAAGCAGAAAUAAUCACAAGUCCGAAGUUAAGGAUGUUUAUUUUCAUCUCUAUAAAACAAAACAUGUUGUAGCUUUUCACACAACAGCAGCGAUUUUGAGCUCAGUCACAGAAGCCAUCGAGAAGCCUCAUGGAUGUUGUGUGGUCUCUGUGUCUAUGUGGUUUUAUCUCUUUCUCCCUCUGCUGAUUGGGCCAGCGAUUUAGCAGCACAGGGAUGUUUUUUCACCACAGUUACAGGUGCCUUUGAGCCUGUCCCACCAUUCACAGUGAAUAAUCUGAAAUAAUCUUGCCUUACCUGGCAGAAUUAUAUCCCUGUCUGUGUGAAGACUACUGCAGUGUGUGUGGGUAUUCUAAAUUCCUUAAUAUACAUUUUUUGUUUUUUGUUUUUUUCUUAACAUUUAUCUGAGUCUUGUUGAAGAUAUUUUAUUUUAAAGAGACACUAAAGCCCAGUUUCUGGAUGUGAGUCUGCAUUGUAAUGUGAAGCUGAUGAUAUUGUAUGGCUUUUUGCGUAUGUUCUGCCAAUAAAAUUUGUACUGAAACAUG